ACGAAGGAAGAUGGCGUGUCGAACGUCCGCACGGGUUCUUUGAUGUGUGUUAUUAUCCAGAGUGUUGUUUCUCUUCGGUUCCCCUCCUCUCCACAUACAGGAGAGCAAAAAAGCAAGGUAGAAGGAAGAAAAACUUGAACAAAUUAUCGCUGAAAAAGUGACUGAAAACCGUGCAAACUCGUCGCGAGUGUUCGCUGGAACCGUGUUCCGUGUCGUCCUGUGAAUUUGGUGUGUGAAAAUUGUGUGUCCACAAAAAGUGCAGCAGUGAAAUUGUUGAGAUGAAGAGCAGCCCCGCACAGCACACAGAGGAAGUAUAGCAGUCUCAGUGAAGUUUCCGAGCAUCGGUUGUCGUCGUCGUGAUUGUGAGCGCAAUUUGGCAUGAGUUAUUAUUACUCCGGGAGUUUCGGUGAACCAAGUUGUGUAGAAUGCUAAAGUUGUCGCUGCCACUGCCAACAGUGCGCGCCAGCUGCUGCGGCGGGCGAUAAGUUGCCGAAGGAGUGUAGUGGGAGUGAAAAAUUCAAAUAAAAUAAUUGAUAGUUUAAAGAAGAAGAAAAAAGCAGCGAAAAAAGAAGAGAGUCUGUGUGCGUGGGAGGUUAAUUUGGGAAAAAAAGGGAAAAAAGAGGUGCAUUGUUUGAAGCGGUGAUAACGUUUAAGUUUUACCUGAGUGCAAAACGGGAAGAAGAAAAAAGUGAAACAAACGGUGGUGUUUUGUGGAAUUUUGGUGAGAAAAACGCGAAGAAAACGGAGGAAAAAGGGAAUAACUCUCCGAGGAGGCAGGGGCAAGAAGCAGCAUGGAAACUGUUGUCUGUUGGGCCGGUAGCUUAAAUUUCCAAGCCGUAGUCACGUUGUUCACCGCCAAUGGUGGGCGACAGCUGAAGAAGCUUCAACCCAACGGCACAAAAUACAACAACGCAACGCGCCGUCUAAUGAGCUCUCGUCGAAUUCUUGGUUGCUGAAGUGAGAGUUCACCGCAGAGUCAUGCCAUCGCCAUCAUCAUCAUCAUCAUGUCCGCUUCGUCACCGCGGCUGCCACUGAAGAAGCGCAAGAAGAAGUCGAUAAUGAAUGAAGGGGAGAAUAAAAAUAAAAUUAAAAAUUAAGAUAAUAUAAACGAUCAUCAGAGCGAGCGCGCGCGUGUUCUUUCUGUUCCCCGGUUGUUUUUUUUUCUAUUAACCGAGAACACGCCGGAUCAUCGUCAUCUUCGUUCAUCACCAGGCAGGCAGCCGGAAUCGGGAGUUUAAAGAACCCAUCUUCUGCUGGUUGAUGGUGGGAGAAAAAAAUAUACAAAAGCACCACUGAAAAAUAACAAAGUCAACUAUUUCAACGAAGAAAUCGGUGGCGGUGCGAUUUGUGCUCUGUGUGUAGUCAUCGCCGUCAUCAUCAUUUUUCAUCUUUUGCUCGUCGUCCCAACGCUUCUUCCAACGCUGGGAUCAGGGACUGAAUCUGGAACCGUGCGGGGCCAGAAGUAGCAGCGAAGAGGAAAAAAACGAAGAAAAGAGAUAACCGGACAAAGCUCAGAAAAGCAGAGAGAAGAGCCGCAGCCGCCGCCGAUAAUAUGGAUAAAUAUCUGCCGCUGAUCGUGCUGCUCUACAUUCUCAACUACAGGCUAGAUGGCGUUGCCAGCGAUCAAGUUGUUCUGCUCGAUACCACCAAGGAAGCGACGCUUGAGUGGACCCGAUACCCGUACGGACCGCAGGCCCAAACGCCCGGUUGGGUGGAGGAAUCGUUCACGAACUUCGUGAAGGGCAUCAACUGGCGCAGCUACGUGGUGUGCGAUGUGGCCUACAACAACGUCAACAACUGGCUGUGGUCCCCGUUCAUCGAUCGGGGCCCCGCGAACCGGCUGUACAUCGAAAUCCACUUCACGAUCCGCGACUGCUCGCUGUUUCCGGGCAAUGCGCUCUCGUGCAAGGAAACGUUCAGUUUGCUGUUCUAUGAGUUCGAUGCGGCGACGCGGGAGCCACCUCCCUGGCAGCCGGAGAGCUACAAGCUGAUCGGGAGGAUCGCCGCCGGCGAGGGUCGAUUCAAUCAGAACGCCGACGUGGAUAUCAACGUGGAGGUGAAGAGUAUAGCGGUCACGAAGAAGGGUGUGUACUUUGCCUUCCGGGAUCAGGGUGCGUGCAUCAGCGUUCUGGCCGUGAAGGUGUAUUACAUCACGUGUCCGGCUGUGACGGUGAACUUUGCCCACUUCAACGAAACUCCGACGGGUCGGGAGAUUACGAUCAUCGAGCAGCAGACGGGAGUCUGCGUGGAGAACGCCGAAGCCUACGAAACACCCACCUACCUGUGCAAGGGUGACGGCAAAUGGACGAUCCUGAGUGGCGGAUGCCGCUGCAAGGUCGGGUACGAGCCCGAUCACGAGAAGCAGACGUGUAACGUCUGCCCGGUGGGUAAAUUCCGCUCGGCGGAGGUCGAAUCCUGUACCAUCUGCCCACUGAACUCGAAAACCAACAAAAUUGGCUCACCAUUCUGUCCGUGUCUAAGUGGUCACUAUCGGCACCCUCGGGAUGGCAAACAUAUGCCCUGCUACAAACCUCCGGGUCCUCCCACUAAUCUCACGCUUCUGUUCAUCGACCAAACCAGUGCCAUCCUGUCCUGGAAUGCGCCACAGCGAGCCGCCGAUGAGCAGCUGGACAGCAAGUAUCGGAGCGAUAUUGUGUUCCGAAUAAAGUGCGCUGCGUGCACCUCGAACGUCGUGUUCAAUCCCUCGACGGAGACAUUCAACGACACGAAGCUGACGCUCACCAAUCUGGAACCGGUGACGACGUACACGGUCCAGAUUCACUCCCAGCACGGGAUGUCCUAUCUGCUGAGUGUGGAGCUAACGACUGCGGGGGCCAACGGAGCUGGAUUUGAUAAUAGCAGCAGUACCAGUGGAGUGGGUGGCUUCAAUAACCACUAUCACCACGUGACGGAACCACCUAGUCAGCAAGGGGGCCGCUCGUCGUUCGAUUUGGACGAUAUUAAGACGGAGUUCGCGGAGAUUACCUUUACCACCGAGUCGGCCAUACUCAGCACGGUGUUCAAUGUGAAAGUAAUCUCCAUCACCAACAAGGAGGUCGACCUGGUUUGGGACAAACCGAUGCAUAGCGACUCGCCGAUCGAGUACUACGAGGUCCGAUGGUUUCCCAAGUCGGAGGUCGAUGCGAUGAACAAAUCGGUGCUGAGCACCAAGGAGUCCAAGAUCCACAUUGGGGACCUGCUGGAGAACACCGAGUACGGUUUCCAGGUGCGAUGCAAGACGCUCAACGGCUGGGGCACGUUUAGUAAUAUUGUCUACGCCCAGACGCAUCAGAGCGUCAGUCCAGUGUACGAUGAUUCCUUCCAAAUGCGAAUUGUUGCUGGUUCAACAGUAGCGAUUGUCUUCGUCCUAGUAUUAGUGAUCGUCGUCACCGUCCUUUUCCUGCGCUCCAAGAGCCACGAUGACAUCGACAAGAAAACCAACAACCACCUGCCGCUGCCAUUGGAUUAUGCCAGCAACGAAGGACUUGUAGUAACCUAUAUUCACGCAAUGGACACGACGCCGAUCGUGAAAACGAUGAAAAACAAUGAAGGUGGUUCUUACGGGUAUUACCGACCACGUCGUAAUAAUUUUGCAGUGACCACGCCACUGUUCGGUACCAGCAGAAGUUACGUCGAUCCGCACACCUAUGAGGACCCGAACCAGGCGAUCCGCGAGUUCGCGCGGGAGAUUGACGCCAGCUACAUCACGAUUGAGGCGAUCAUCGGCGGCGGAGAGUUCGGCGAUGUGUGCCGGGGUCGGCUCAAGAUCCCGCCCAAUUUCGUCCAGGAGAUCGACGUCGCGAUCAAGACGCUCAAGCCGGGCUCGUCGGAGAAGGCACGCUGUGAUUUUCUCACCGAGGCCUCCAUCAUGGGUCAGUUCGACCAUCCGAACGUGAUCUACCUGCAGGGGGUCGUGACCCGGUCCAACCCGGUGAUGAUCAUCACCGAGUACAUGGAGAACGGCAGCCUGGACACGUUCUUGCGGGCCAACGAUGGCAAGUUCCAGACGCUGCAGCUGAUCGGGAUGCUGCGGGGGAUCGCCGCCGGGAUGUCCUAUCUCAGCGACAUGAACUACGUCCAUCGGGAUCUGGCGGCGCGCAAUGUUUUAGUUAAUUCCUCACUAGUGUGUAAGAUUGCCGACUUCGGGCUGUCGCGGGAGAUCGAGAACGCGAGCGAUGCGUACACGACGCGGGGUGGAAAAAUCCCCGUCCGCUGGACAGCCCCCGAGGCGAUAGCGUUUAGGAAAUUCACGUCCGCUUCGGACGUGUGGUCCUACGGCGUGGUGCUGUGGGAGGUGAUGUCGUACGGCGAGCGGCCGUACUGGAACUGGUCCAACCAGGAUGUGAUAAAGAGCAUCGAGAAGGGCUACCGGUUGCCGGCGCCGAUGGACUGUCCGGAGGCGCUCUAUCAGCUGAUGCUGGACUGCUGGCAGAAACAGCGCACCCACAGGCCAACGUUUUCGAGCAUCACGCAGACGCUCGACAACCUGGCUCGGCAGCCGCAGGUGUUGCUGACGACGCGUAAUUCCCCCGAUAAUCCGGUGGCCCGGAUGGGGAACGACAUUAGCGACGAAAUGCUGGCAGCUCAGCAGCGAAGUAUGCUCGGUGGGAUGGGGACGACCGAGCGGAUACUUGGCAAUGGAAGUGGCAGUGGCAGUGGUGGUGGGGUAGGCAUUGGAAGCGGUGUGGGGGGAAUGGGUCCCGCCGGAAUGGGAACUCUAGGAUCGACUGCCGGUGGACUGAGCAAUACGGGGACCAUGUCCGGGGCGGGCAGCGCUGGCGGGGUGUUUAUCAGCACCGAGCUGUGGCUGGAAAGUAUCAAAAUGUCGAGGUAUUCCCAGCACUUCCAGGAGGCGGGACUUGUGACCGCUCAGCAGAUAUCUCGACUAACCGCCCAACAGCUGUCCGACAUGGGCAUCACGUUGGUUGGCCAUCAGAAAAAGAUCCUCCACCAGGCACGACAAAUAGAUACCAUAAUAUAAGCGCUUUCAGGUGCAUCACAAAAAUGGACACAUUCAAACGCAAGAAUUGCAACGAAGCGAAGCUGAAAAUGAGCAUUACAAUUCAGCAUCACAUCAGGCCUACACGAGAAUAACAUCUCAUCAUGCAACAGAAAAAAGACCCGGUCCCAGUUCAAAACGUGUGUGCAUUUGUUUUCCCUCCCUCGUUCUAUUUAUUCGUGUUCAUUCCGGAGAGCACUCUGUACAUGGAUUAAUUUUAGGAACCACACAAAAUGACUAUCGAUUAUUGAAUAUUACAAUUAUUAUGAUUACUAUUAUUUCUAAAACAGUUCGCGAGAGAGAGAGAGAGAUUAGAAAUGCAUUUAUACAAAGUAUCUUUUAGGGAAACAAUGUGAGAUUUGUUUUUAUCUGUUUAACUUAAUUUAGCAUUCAAAUAAGAACAAGCGGAUACAUACUAGUGAUCGUUACUUAAGGCACGAUUCAUCGCCACCAUCAUCAUGAAAAAUCAUCACCAUCUUUAAGGACUGGAAUCAGGAAUCUCCGCAAGUAUCCUGCGUGGACUUUUGUUUUACAAUUCCGUUCGAAAGUGACGAAAAAUGACAACAUAAACAUAGUCGCGUGGGAAAAAGAAAAUGUGAUUUUUAUACAUACAAUAGCAAUAGGUAGAACUUCGUUUUGGUUUUCUUUUAGCUCUAUAGUGCUGAAAACCAUUCGCCACCCCAUACAGACGAAAACUAAUAUUACACUUGUAAAAAAAAAACAAUGGGACAGCAGGAAACGAGAUACGGGAAUAGAAAAAAAACAGCAUAAACACGACGAAAGACAGUGAGAAUAGGUUAUGAGUAAAAGUGUAUCGUAAGACACGUUUAACCGGAACUGGAAAAAAACAAGGAAAACGCAGCGUGAGAGGGAAUCUUUCGCCGGACCGUUUCCUCACAGUUUUGGUUGUAAUAUUAUUAUUUUAGUCUCUCGUUUUAAGUUCUUUCCUCUUUCCCCUCCUGUGUACAGUUAAUUUUAUUUUGUGGAAAUAGUGUUUUUUUUUUAAAUAUUGCCCUUCACGUUACUCUGUUUGUUUAUCUUUCUAAUUUAAUCUGAAAACGAAAACGAGAGUAGGAAGUGAAAAUGAAGAACUCUAGCUUUAUUUUGUGGAACAUAGCAUCUUCUUAUAGUAGGUAAUAAUAAAUGCAAAAGUGAGAUUGUAUGUAGUUCGUAUCAGA